AUGCCGGCCCCUCCCACACUCGAUACCCUCCCCUUCGAUGUCUUCUAUCAGAUCGCCACGUCGCUGGACGACGUCGAUUGUGUUCACCUGAGCCGCACGAACCGCGCUAUCCAUGCUUUCAUGGAUAGUGACCUCAUUGCGCGCAAGACCGUUGAGAAUGUCCUAUCCUUCAGCAAGGAGGGUCAGGCCGCCUUGGCGGCUCAGGCGGGCUACCGCAGGGCGGUUGGGCAUCGCUUUGACAUUCAUGAGGCGGUCGCCACCGCCGCACCGUACGCAGUCGCGGUGUUGGCCUAUGCCGCCGAUUUUCUCUAUCACCAAGGCUUUCUGUGCUACCGCGUUGGGCCCGAAAUCCGGCUGCUUAAUGUGCACCGCCCCGGUCAUCAGGAACGGGUCUUGAAUCUCCACGAGGUCAUCCCGCGAGUGGAAACAGGGCCAGCAGCUGGUCAUGAUCCCGCCGAACGGGUGAAGCUCCUCCACUACGCCGAUGGUAUCGUCGUCUUCCGCCUGGAGGGUGUCGGGGCGAACGAUGACCGCCUGCUGGCCAUUGAUAUGGAGCCACGACAGACCAGGCGGAAGCGCCUCCUGCUGCAAAAGCUGAUCCCAGCCGAGGCCCCCAUCUUCGUGCGGCAUAGCCGCUCCUAUAUCUGGUAUGGUACAUACCAUGCGCCGCUGGGCUCAGAUGGUUGCUGGUUCGUCUGCGGUGUGGACUUCGCUACCGAUGAAUCAAUCCAUUUCCGCUUGGACGGCAUUAUCGAUGCCGAGGUCGGCCAGAACCUUUGCUUUGAAAUGCAUCAAGAACAUCUAUAUGCCGUCUCUACCCAAGUCUCCUCGGACGAGGAUGACCGCUUCUCCUCCUUCUACCAUUGGUUCUGCCACCCACCCCGCGAAAAGGGCUCCAAAUGGAGCGGUCACAUCUGGCGACGAGAGCAUCGCGAGGGUCCUAUCAAUGAGAUGUGGACAGACCUAUCAAUUCGGACGGACGAAACGACCGGACAACCCGUCAUACUCGAAUGUCGACGCGAAUGGCGCGAUGGCAAGAGUGAAAACCACCGCACAAAUUAUAUCGAACCUCUACCCUCACCCGCUCAAGCAAGAGCGGCCCAUGAGGCCAAAGUCGGAAAUACAAUUGCUGCCGUGCUCGAGGAGGAGAUCAAAGACCCUGAGAUUGAUCAGUUACACAAUCAUCGGCCGGAAAAACGCCUUCGUCGCAAUUAUCACGCCGAGUACGAAUGUACUCAUGACCCAAAAAGUCGCCAGGAAUUCAUCGCUGUGCGCACCAAACACCGCACCUAUCAUCUCGCUGCGGCCACCUUUAUUGAUAUUGUCAAUGACCCUAUACCUCCCGCUGACGGGGUCCGAUCUCUGGAUCGCCUGCGUCUACGCACCGUCUCGCGUAAGCGCAAAUGCCCCAUAGACGAAGAAGGCUUCGCCGGGUCCCCGGGCAUGCUCUUCCGCCACACCCAGACCGACGCAGACGGUCACCCCGUCGAAGGCUCUGAGGAGCGCUUCACUUCACGUGGUGUCUAUCUCUGGCCUCCAGAAGAUGCCCCACCAGAGCUCAACCGCCUCCUCUGCCCUGACUCGCGUAUGGGUUCGAUCAAGGCUGUCUCCGACGAACGCUCCUUGGUGUACUCUGUUGCGAGUGCCGGCCUGCCUGUCGGUCAUCAGGCAAUCGUCUUAAUCAGUUUCGAUCCAGCCAUUCGCUUCCCUUACCUAUCCUCUCUACGCACGCUGAAGACGCCCAUUACCACGAAACAUAUCUUGCCAGUUGAACUGCCCAAGGCGAAAUCAGCCAACGGCUCUCUCAUCAGAGAGGCGCCGGCUCUUUAUCUGGCUCUUCGGCGCGGGUACUGGUUGCGAUGA